AUGCAAAUGUUGUUUCACAAACAAUGGUUUUUAUCAUUUUGGUUCAUUUCAUCAGUUAUAGCAUUUGAUGUUAAAGAUAAUACGGUUGCAAGCGGUGCCAUGGCAUUUAGUUUUGGAGAGGUGAGAAUUCAUUCAGGAGCUUACUGGUCUGUCAUUGAUAAUUUUUUGUCUGAUUUUGCAGCAGAUAUUUAUGUUGAAGAGAAUGCAGCCAUGUAUAUAUCAAGUACAUUACCUUUUACUUCAUUAAGAAUUAGCAUGUCAAGUUUAAUUAAAACAAUCACAAAUAAUGGAAUAAUAGCAUUUAAUUCAGCAGCAUCAUACACUGCAUCUUCUUAUAAUUUGGCUGGUUCUUCUUUUACUAACAAUGGAGAAAUGUAUUUAGCAGCUUCUGGUUUGUUUCCAAGUGAAGUGAAACUUACUGCUGCAAAAUGGUAUAACAACGGGUUAUUGGUUUUUUAUCAAAAUCAAAGAACUGCAGGGGAGGUUAAAUUAGGUACAACUUAUGGAACAAUUCAUAAUAAUGGUCAAAUUUGUUUUCAUAAUCAAGUUUAUAUACAAACAACUUCAAUUCAAGGCACUGGUUGUAUUACAGCAGAAGGUUCUUCAUCAAUAUAUAUUGCCAAUUCACUCUAUCCUGUUUCCACAGGUCAAACAAUUUAUUUAGCUGAUGGUGAAUCAUCAGUAAUAGUACAAGCUUUAUCAUCACCUAAAACUUACAAUAUUCAUAACUUUGGUCAAAUUAAUGGGGUUGCAAAUAAGAUUGGGUUGUCAAUUCCAUUAUUUGCUUCCUUUAUUAGUAAUGCUUGGGAUUACAGUUCAACUACUGGUAUCUUAACAUUAAGAGGUGCAGGUUUAUUAUCACAAUAUUUUAAUAUUGGUUUGGGAUAUGACGAAUCAAAAUUUGAGAUUGUAACAGAUGAUGGUGCAGGUUUACCAUCAACUUAUUUUGGAUCUAUUCAGUAUAAUGGACCUCCACCAAAUCCAGGACAGCCAGAUCAGUGCAUAACUUGUAAAGCACCACCAUUAAUUCCAGGGAUUCAACCACCGAAUAUUACAGCAACAUUUACUGCUACAGAUUUUGAUGGAAAACCACUAUUAAAAACUGGUAUUAUUGAAUUUGAUACUGAUAGUUUAGGUUCAUUUGUUAGUAAAACAAUUUUUUUUCCUACUCCAACAAUAUUCAACAAAACUUGGACUGCUAUUUCAGGUGGUAUUACAAACACUCACUCAGGUAUUGUAUCUCAAUCUGGAGAUUAUGUUAGCACUGUCACAACUUUUUCCACAACUUCAUCAUCAACAUCGAAAAGUUCCGUUGAAAUUAUAGCAGCUAAUCAAGUUUUACCAAACGUCGUGCUCAAAAUUGGGGGUCAAAUUGAAUCAACAAGUAUUUCAUCAACAUCAAAAAGUUCUGCAAAACCAACAACAAGCUCAUCAUCAACCUCAAAAAAUUCUCCAGAAUCGACAACAAGUUUACCAUCAAAAUCUCAAAGUUCCGUGGAAAUUAUUGCAGCUAGUCAAGUUUCAUCAACAACCAUGCCUAAAGUUGAAGUUCCAGUAGUACUGAGUACAAUUGUAUCCCAAAGUACAUCUUCAACAAAUUUAGUUAGUACAUCAAUAUCGAAAAGUUCCACAAUAACAAAAACAAGUGCUGAAGCUGUAUCAAGUAUCACACCAGAUAGCGAAGAUACAAUAGCAACUACAGAUUUGUCUUUAAAAUCAGAAAAAUCUGCGGACAUAAUAACAGGUUUAACAUCAACGUCAAUACAUUCUGUUGAAUCAAAAUCUAACAUUGAAGUUGAAGCAAAUGUUGUCAAGCCAAAAGUUGAAGAUGUUGUUGUCACUAAAAAUUUAUCAUCAACAAUGAAAGCCUUUGUAGAAACAAAAGUUAGCACUAGCGAUAUACCAGAUGACAAUCCAAAAACUGAAAAUCCAAAAGAACAAAAUUCAAUUGUAUCUCAAAACUCGUCAUUAUUGUCCGAUACUACUACAUCCCAAUCAAGGUCAUCGUUCAUUGAGGCAGUUCCAUCAUCAGACUUGUCAGAAUCAACAACUUCAUCUUUGGAAUUAUCCUCAAAUUUAUCAUCUAUUAAAUCAACGGUCAGUGCAUUAUUGCAAGACUUUAUGGAACCAGUAAUAGACAGGGAAGUUGGACCAGCAUCAGAUGAAGAACUUGAACCAGCAUUGGAUGAAGAGGUCAAUCCAUUUGGUAGGGCACUAUCGAACGACUCGGAAGGUUCAAGAUCUGAUGAUCAAUUCAGUCCAUUUGGCAGAGCUUUAAUGAAAGACGGUAAUGAAGUGAGAUCAGGUAUUAUUUUGAACUCAAAGGAUUUAAUAAGUUCGGUAAUAACAGCUGAGCCAAAAAUUGAAUCAGAAGUUAAUAGUCAAUUUACGGGCACAUGGACUGUUACUAAAGAAGAUGGAUCUUUUGAAACUGAAUCAGGGAUUGUUUCACAGCACGGUUCAUUAACAACCACUUUUACUACAUUUACAAAACCACAAACAACUGAAUACACUACUUCGUGGGUAGUUACCAGAGCAGAUGGCUCUGUUGAAAGAAUUAGUUACUGUUAUGCAAAAUGGAUCGUUGUCAACUAUCUUUAG